AUGUGCGAGGAGCUCCUUUUGCCCCCGUGCACACAAGUUGAAACUGCAUUAACACGUAAACUGCAUAAACUGCAGCAGCACAACUUUUCCAAACACUCUCUCUCUCUCUCUAAAUCUCUCUCUCUAAAUCUCUCUCUCCCUCUCUCUCUCUCUCUCGCUCUCCCAAGCUCUCAAGCUCUCAAGCUCUCUCACAAACCCCUCAAGCUCUCUCUCAAGCUCUCUCUAGCCCUCGAGCCCUCAAGCUCUCUUUUACUCUCUCUCCUCUUUUACUCUCCUGUCUCGUCUGUUUCCAUGACCGUUCCGCGCAUCGAGUUCCCCAGACUAUUCUCUGACGUGAUCAAGAACAGGCCGCACCCGUCGAUGAAAACGCGGUUUAGGGCUCAGGUAAUUCAUUCCAUUUGA